GUCAUGUCUUAUCCUUUUUUUAAUGACAGUACUUCUCCGUUAUCUGUAAAAAAUUCGACGGGUAAAAUGCCUCAGAGAAACUAUCGAAAGCGCCGCGAAGCGGAAGAAAGUGACGAUGAUCAGCAAGAAACAUCUUUAACGAGCGAGGCGUUAGAGGAAAGGAAAGAACUACAACGAUUUCGGAAGCGACAAGCUGGAGUUUCGGCUGUGGCCCUUGCUCUUGGAAAAACUCUUGCACCAGAAGAAGAAGUAGAGAGUGAUCCUUUUAAACUGAAAACAGGCGGGCUUGUUCAGGUGAACGAUUUGAUCCAGGAUAGAAAUCGUGACAGAGAAGGGGAAGACAAAGAGAAAUCGAUUAACUUAGGAGCAAAUUUUGCCGCUGAAACAAACCGAAGAGAUGAAGAUACUCAUAUGUUAAAAUACAUUGAAGAAGAGAUGGCGAAGAGGAAAGGUGUUGCACUGGAUAAAACUGUUCAAAACAAGCCAAAAUCAAAGGAAGAUUUGCUGUAUCAGGUUCCAGAACAUAUCAAUGUCAGGUCAAAGAUAAUGGCAUCAGAAGAAAUGCUCUCGAAUCAGAUGUUAUCUGGUAUUCCUGAGGUGGAUCUUGGCAUUGACGCAAAAAUAAGGAACAUUGAGGCUACAGAAGCAGCUAAACAAGCUGUGAUCGAGGAACAAAGGUACAAGAAAUCAAAAGAACCAACAGAGAUGGUUCCAACCAACAUGGCGGUGAACUUCAUGCUGCAUAGUAGAUUUUUUGAUGAGCAAAAGAAUAUUGAUGCAGAAAGCAAGAGAGCUGCUGCAGCAAGAGACAAGGCACAAGAACAAGAGAAAGUAAUUAGAAAACCAACAGUAAAGGCAGAUGACACUUCAUCAGCACCAAGCAGCAAAGCACAUGAAACUGACGUUCCUGUAGCUGCUGCUUCAAACAAGAAGAGAACUGGUGACAAAGUUGAAAAAGCCACUGACGAUUUCUUUUAUGAGAAAUUUAAGAAACGAGCAAGAGACUCAUGGAGGUAUCAGUAAGGUAUCUCUGUAUGAUGUUUCCUAUGACAGUGCCUUGCUGCUUGUGAAUCACAGCUUUGUUUAAAAGACUGAGGGAAAGAUAAAAUUGCAUCAUACAACAGGUGAACAGAAACAGACAGGCAGCAGAAAUUUACUCUCCUAUCAAGGUUCAUUCUUCAGCACUUGUGGCCCCUUAAAGAGUUCUACAACUACAUACACUUGAAUUCCUAACU